GGUGAUCUUCUAUAAUUACAUACUAUAAAAGUAGAGGUUUUCUCAGUAUUGUUUCAGUUAUUGCUUUCUUUUGUAGACUUGAAAAUGGCUUAUAUACAAAGUGGCAAUGUUGUAGUUUUAUCGAAUGUACCUGCUUCUAUUUACUACCAGCCUGAGAAUAGCUCAUUGUUACUUGUUAAUAACACUUCCUCUCAAAACAACAAUGGAUAUGUGAAUCCUAUUGUCAGCACGUUUGCUGAAAAGCAGAUUGUUCGAAGUGAUGGUAUCCAAGUCCUUGAUGAUACUACUUUAAUCUCAAAAGAAAGUAUUAAGGAGCACUUUUUAAAGCUGAUUUGCAAACAAAACAGCAAAGAAGGUUUGUUCAUUUUUUCAUACACAGGACCGGUAGACGGAAGCAGCCAAGAAUGCAGUUUGAAGCUCUCCGAUUUCAAUAGUGAGAACCCUAUCACACAUGUGACUCCAACCACACUUUUGGAAUGGCUAUCGGAAGCCAGCAAAAAACAAACCAUUGGCUAUGUUUUGUUCAUUUUCGACUGUCCGUUUGCCCACAGAAUGGUCUCUUGUCUGACGGACAUCAGGACUUCCACAGUCCCCCUCAACACUCGCCUGUUUGCAGUUGGCACAGAAGUCGGUGACACCAACCCAAUGCUCUAUACUGCACUCAAAGGGCAAACCAUCUUUCAGUACUUUCUAAACUGGUCCGUUCAAACCAUGGAGUUUACGAGAGGAAUGCUUCCACUUGCAUCCAUUCUUGAGAAAGUAUCGAAUUGCACAGGUGCCUUUUCUUCCCUGAUUGUCACCUAUAACAAGCAAAGACGUGAACUCAAGCCAAGAACCACUGAGCCAAAACUAAAAUCCAUUCAGAGAAUCGAAACAAUAGUUGAUAGCAGUCUUGGUGAAGGAAAAGAUGAGAUCGAUUCUUUCAGUGGGUUGGAAUUUUUGAAUUGUCAUUUUGAGACGAGCAAGAACCGCAUGAAUCUCGAUCAGAAAGUGUAUCAAUGGCUGGACACUCUGUGCGAUGUCAGGAACGAGAACAAUCCUCUAAAAGUGCUUCUUGACAAUGGCGCUCUUGAGGGGCCACACAGUGUCCUUGGGACUGUACUCUGUUUACUAAUGUACAGCAUAGCUUCAAUACAAACUGCUCAGGGGAGAAAAGAGAGCAUCGAAGAGCCUAACAUGUUCAUCAUUGGUUUUGUGAGUGCAGUGUCGACUGUGCAGAUUGUGUAUCGGGACGGGAUUGCAGAUUUAGUGGAGGUGUGCAUGCAUUCUUGGGAGUUUUAUCAUCACGUUGCAGUACAGAACAAUGUGAAAGAUGACAAACUAGUGAAGCUCUAUCAUCUUAUUGAAACAGAGAGCAAGAAAUCAUUAAUGUAGUUACAUACUAGCACCAUCUAUCUUUUUACUCACUCAUUACGAUCAUUAUAUACACACCUAAUACCUGUAGAUUUAUUUUCCUAACACUUGAGUCUUGUAACAUGCUUUCACGAUGCUAUUGCAAACUAAUGAAGCUCUAUCAUCUUAUUGAAA